AGAUUUUUAUUCAAAUGUAUAGCAGGCAGUUAGCUAUCUCUAAUACAUGCAGUAGCUUGCUAGCUAACAAGAUGAUGUAAUGACAGCAGGACAGAUCGGUUGGAUUGAGCUCGCCAGGCUGGGGAGGCUAAUAUCUUUCAUCCAGUGCUGCAGUGUUCAUGUUGCGACUGAAUGUCAUGGUUGAUUCCUGGAAGCAUCAUGUCCUGUAAAUCAAAAGUUGCACCAAGUGUGGACUUCGAUCACAGCUGCUCGGACAGUGUAGAGUAUUUGACCCUCAACUUCGGUCCAUUUGAGACUGUCCACCGAUGGAGGCGACUUCCGCCCUGUGAUGAGUUCGUGGGUGCAAGGCGGAGCAAGCACACCGUGGUGGCCUAUAGGGAUGCCAUCUAUGUUUUUGGAGGGGACAAUGGGAAGAACAUGUUAAAUGAUCUGUUACGCUUUGACGUGAAGGACUGCUCAUGGUGUCGGGCGUUUACCACCGGUACUCCACCAGCGCCCAGAUAUCAUCACUCUGCUGUAGUGUACGGAAGCAGCAUGUUCGUAUUUGGUGGCUAUACAGGAGAUAUCUAUUCAAACUCCAACCUGAAAAACAAAAACGAUCUCUUCGAGUACAAGUUUGCAACCGGCCAGUGGACCGAGUGGAAGGUUGAGGGAAGGUUAGUAGCCAGGUCUGCCCAUGGUGCCACCGUCUACAAUGAGAAGCUCUGGAUCUUUGCUGGUUAUGACGGAAAUGCAAGACUGAAUGACAUGUGGACCAUCAAUCUUCAGGAUCGUGAGCAAGCUUGCUGGGAGGAGAUUGAACAGAGUGGUGAGAUUCCACCUUCCUGCUGUAACUUCCCAGUAGCUGUAUGUCAAGACAAGAUGUUUGUCUUCUCUGGCCAAAGUGGAGCAAAGAUCACCAACAACCUAUUCCAGUUCGAGUUUAAUGGUCACAUAUGGACGCGUAUCCCUACUGAGCAUUUACUCAGGGGUUCACCACCACCACCACAGAGACGUUACGGUCACACGAUGGUAGCGUUCGACCGCCACCUGUACGUGUUUGGGGGAGCAGCGGACAACACUCUGCCCAACGAGCUCCACUGCUAUGAUGUGGACUCACAGACCUGGGAGGUGAUUCAGCCCAGUGCAGACAGUGAGAUGCCCAGUGGGAGACUCUUCCAUGCUGCAGCAGUGAUCCAUGAUGCCAUGUACAUAUUCGGAGGAACAGUUGACAACAACGUUCGCAGUGGCGAGAUGUACAGAUUUCAGUUCUCAUGUUAUCCAAAAUGCACCCUUCAUGAAGACUACGGCAAGCUGUGGGAGAACCGACAGUUCUGUGAUGUGGAGUUUAUCCUCGGAGAGAGAGAGGAGAGGGUUCUGGGUCAUAUCGCUAUAGUUACAGCUCGUUGCCAGUGGCUGAGGAAGAAGAUUCUCCAGGCCAGACACAAACAGAGGAGUAAACAUGAAUCAGGAGGUGAGGACAGCGAGGACUUUAGAACAGACAGACAGAAGGACCAUUCCAGUCCUGGGAAGUCCUCCAGGGGUCCUCUGCUAUUGGAGGUGGCCAUCAGGGAGGCAGAGGCUCAGCCAUUUGAAGUGCUCAUGCAAUUCCUGUAUACGGAUAAGAUCCAGUACCCACGCAGAGGUCACGUUCAGGAUGUCCUGUUGAUCAUGGACGUAUAUAAACUUGCUCUGAGCUUCAAGCUGUCGCGGCUGGAGCAGCUGUGUGUGCAGUACAUCGAGGCCUCUGUUGACCUGCAGAACGUCCUCAGCGUGUGUGAGAACGCAAACAAACUGCAGCUCGACCAGCUCAAGGAGCAUUGUCUUAACUUCGUGGUGAAGGAGACCCACUUUAAUCAGGUGAUCAUGACCAAAGAGUUCGAGCACCUCUCCACCCCUCUGAUUGUGGAGAUAGUGAGACGCAAACAGCAGCCACCACCCAGAGUUUACUCCGAUCAGCCGGUGGAUAUAGGUACGUCUCUGGUUCAGGACACGAAGGCUUACCUGGAAGGGGCGGGUCUGGAAUUCUGUGAUAUCAUCCUGCUGCUGGACGGUCAUCCUCGGCCGGCUCAUAAAGCCAUACUGGCAGCUCGUUCCAGUUAUUUUGAGGCCAUGUUCCGCUCAUUCAUGCCUGAGGACGGCCAGGUGAACAUCUCAAUAGGAGAGUUGGUGCCUAGCAAACAGGCCUUCGAGUCCAUGCUGCGCUACAUUUACUACGGAGACGUCAACAUGCCCCCCGAGGACUCGCUGUAUCUGUUUGCAGCACCGUAUUAUUACGGCUUCUCCAAUAACAGACUGCAGGCUUACUGCAAGCAGAACCUGGAGAUGAACGUCACUGUGGAGAACGUUUUGCAGAUCCUUGAAGCAGCUGACAAGACUCAGGCUCUGGAUAUGAAGAAGCACUGCCUGCAUAUCAUAGUGCACCAGUUCAUUAAGGUGUCCAAGCUCCCCAACCUGCGAUCGCUCAGCCAGCCGCUGCUGUUGGACAUCAUAGAGUCUCUGGCAUCACACAUAUCAGAUAAACAGUGUGCCGAGAUGAGCUCCGAUAUAUAGGCACGUUCCUUCCUCUACUUUCUUCUCAUCUGUUUAUUCAUUUUGUCAUGUCGUGUCGGUCACAUUUACCUUUCCGUUUUCACUUCCUGUUCCCCCUGUAGCCUGUUUCUCGUUCCUGUAGAGAACAUAGGGUUAUCUGGGAUAGGGUUAGUCUCCAAAAUACUCAUGACUGGCACCUCCGUACUUGCUAGGAAAUGAAUGAUCUUUACCGAGCUGAUAAAAGGAAUGCAUCUGUCUGAUACUGGACCAGAAAUCCUAGACUGGUAUUAGUUGGGCAUAUUUUUGAUCCGAUCAGAUGCUUGUUAGGUUUUUUUCCUCCAAAUGCUGUAAACACAUGAAAUUGACCAAACAUUUUUGUGCUCACUUGGAAUAAAAUGAUUCAAUAAGCGCAAUUAUGUAACAUAUAGCACAUGGCUAACCUUACUGCAUGCCAUGCGACCAAACCUGUGAACUGAAUCUGCACAACUGUAGGGUUUCUAAAGCAAACAUCACUAUCGCGCUCGGGUGGCGCAGCAGUCCGUUAUGCCAGCCAACUACCGCUGAGAUUCAGGUUUGAUUCUCAGGGGUGCUGUUGGCUUGCCAGGCAUCUACACAGACAUGACUGGCAACGUCUGAGGAAGAGGGGGAUGGAUUGGCGCCCUGUCCAGGGUGUUCCUGCCAGCGCCCUGGGUUUCCCGGCGAUCCUAACCAAGAUAAAGUAUGAAAUGAAAAUAAAACAUCACUGUUUGAGAAUUGUUUGUAGGCUGAAUUCAGUGCUCUGAAAUCAGUUCAAAUGUACGUUGCUAUGAAAUCAAGGAACGCCGGCAAAUUCCGAGAGUUUAAGUGGUUAAAACUGCUAUUUUAUAGUUGUGUAACCAGGCAGGGUCGUAUGGUGACUCACUGAACCAUGUGUCUGGGUUCGGUCCUUGCCUCUGGUCACUGACUGUGGAGUUUAGCCUCUUCAUGUGUCCGCAUGGGUUUUAUUUCUGGCUACUCAGGUUUCCCCACACCUCCCAAAACAUGCCAGCAGGUACAUUGGUUACUCUCAGUUCCCUGUAGAUUACAGUGAGUGGAAGCAUGGAGCGCAGUUGCCCUGUGAUGUUUGGACCCAUUUUGUACAAAACUACUCAGUAUCAUUUCCGUUCACACUGCCACCAUUAUAAAUAAUUCAUAUUGACUUAAUUGCUUUGCUAUGUACACUUUGAAAGUAAGAAUGUUUUUUACACUGCACUCUGUAAAUAGGACGUUCACAGAUUUAUUUAUUCCUCUUUAUUUUUAUGAUAUUAUGCACUCUAUACAGUUAGUCAUUAUGCAGCAAAACAAUUGCAACCUUAAUGAAAUCUGCAGCCCCACAGGACUGUCUGUAUUAGUACAUCAUUAAUAAAGUCUUUAAACUCAGAAA